CUCAACAUCUCUCCUACAUUUUCUAUUUUUUUUUCAUCAAAGAUACACACUCGCAGUUGCGUUGAGAAUGAUCAACAGGGGCGUAGAAGUUAAUAUGAAGCUAAAACUUAGCGUUCAUGGAGGAAAAGGAACACAGGAAAUAAGAUAAAAGUUAUUAGAUCUAGGAGAAAUUAAGCUGACAGGCCCUGUCUCAGGAUUCGAAUGUUGUCCUCGUCUCCCUGCUUGAUUUAAAAGACGCUUUCAAAUAUAUCAAUAUACAAACAGUUAUCGCACAAAGCUUACUGAAAUGAAUAUUGACAAAAUAUAAAGCUUCGGUCACGAUAUAUAAUGUUUGCACAAGAUUCGGUAGGCAGGAUUAAGAAGGCGUUAACAAGGUCGACUUAAAGUAGACAUUCUUCAGAUCAUUUACAAAAGGUGCAUAUCACAAGACACAGGGUCCAGAGCUGAGAAUGAACGAUAAAGAGCUGCAAGCGUUUCAAGAGUCCUGUCUCCGUGCACACAAUGCCUACAGAAGUGACCACGGGUGUCCGGAGUUGACCUGGUCAGUUGACCUGGCCAAACAAGCACAGGAGUGGGCGGACAGGGUGGCAGAGAAAAAAUACCUGCAGUACAGCGAAAACCCGAAUGUGGGGGAAAGCAUAUCUUUGGUGGAUUCUGAGGACCAGCUGACUGGAGAGGCUGUAACAGAACACUGGUACGCAGAAGGAUACGGAUAUGAUUACAAAAAUCCGAGGUGGAGAAAAGAUAGCAAGCGGUUCAGUCAGUUAAUAUGGCGGAACAGUCACGAGGUUGGAGUGGGCGUGGCACAUAUUCCAGGAACAGGAAAAUACGUGGUGGUGGCUAAUUACAAGCCUCCUGGCAACGGAAACUUUCCCGGAGAAUAUAGGAAAAAUGUUCCGCCGCCGCUACAUGUUAAGGAUAUUCCCAUUGAAGACUGAAAUAUAAGAUGUGUUAUCCUUUUGUUAGGAAUUUCUUACCUGGCUUCUAGAACGCCAGUCUAGUUUCGCAUAAUGCAGUGAACAAGAAACCUGCAAAGAAAAAAAAAUUGAACAAAUUGUCCAAUAGAUGCAUGUUAUCGAACUGUUUAGAGAGAGUUUCAAGGAAAAACAUUUAUUAUAUGUUAUUGUCAGUAUCAUAAAUCAUGAAAUAUUACUUAAAUAGCUAUUUGAUACAAAAGGUUUUGUGGUUUUGUGCAGAAUGUUUAUAUGAAAUGGAUUAUGAGCAACAGUUAUUUUUUAUUUUAAAUAUGUACAUCUGAAACUAUUUCCAGGGACAUUAAAAUGCUAU